AUGAGCGCCUUUCAGAACGGCGAGCGGCCCAUCCGCUCCAUGGGCGACGACAGCGACGUCGAGGAGGAGGCCCUGGUCAACGACUACAAGGAGCAGGUCCAGUACGAGGAUGGCAUGGGCGACGAGCUCGAGCGCGUCAGCUCCAUGACCAUGGCCCAGCAGACCGACGACAUCCAGUCCCGCCUCGUCGCCGCCGCCCAGCCCCUGGACUUCUCCGCGCCCCUCGAGGUCAAGUUCCAGAGCUACGACGCUUACUGCAACCUCUUCCACUUCAUCCUCAACUCCGAGGGCCCCGUCGACCUCGAGCCCCCGUCGUACUACUGGGCCUGGGAUGUCAUCGACGAGUUCAUCUACCAGUUCAACUCCUUCUCCUCCUACAGACUGCGCCUCGCGCGCCAGCCCAGGGACAACGAGGAGGAGCGCCAGAUCCUCAAGGAGAACCCCAACACCUGGGGCUGUUACAGCGUGCUCAACGUCCUCUACUCCCUCAUCCAGAGAUCGCAGAUCACCGAGCAGCUGGCCGCCAUGAAGCGUAACGAGGAACCCAUGGCCGUCGCGGGCGAGUACGGCUCCAAGAACCUGUACCGCAUGCUGGGAUACUUCUCCAUCAUCGGUCUGCUGCGUGUGCACUGUCUUCUCGGAGACUUCAGCCUCGCCCUCAAGACCCUCGACGACAUCGAGCUCAACAAGAAGGCCAUGUUCGCCCGCGUCAUGGCCGCUCACUUCACCACCUACUACUACGUCGGUUUCUCCUACAUGAUGAUGCACCGCUACGCCGAUGCCAUCCGCAUGUUCAGCCACAUCCUGGUCUACGUCUCGCGCACCAAGAACUUCCAGAAGAACGCCCAGUACGACUCCAUCACCAAGAAGAACGACCAGAUGUACGCAUUGAUCGCCAUCUGCGUUGCCUUCCACCCCACCCGUCUCGACGACACCAUCCACACCGCCCUGCGUGAGAAGUACGGCGACCAGCUCCUGAAGCUGCAGCGCGGCGGCCCCGACUCGCUCCCCAUCUUUGAGGAGCUGUUCCGCGCUGCCUGCCCCAAGUUCAUCUCCCCCGUCCCCCCGGAUUUCGACAACCCGGAGGCCAACGUUGACCCCAUUGACCACCACCUGUCGGUCUUCAUGGACGAGGUCAAGACCAACAUGUGGAACCCCACCGUCCGAUCCUACCUGCGCCUGUACACGACCAUGGACCUGAAGAAGCUCGCUGGUUUCCUGGAGGUGCAACCUGAGGAGCUCCGCUCGUUCCUCCUGGUCAACAAGCAGCGCACCAAGCAGCUGCGCUGGGCCGACCAGGGCCUGCUCGAUGGUGAAUGGGUCAACGUCAGUGACCUCGACUACGCCAUGCAAGGGGACCUGAUUCACAUUUCCGAGGCCAAGGUCGGACGCAAGUUGGUGGACUGGUAUCUGCGCAACCUGUCGCGGACAUACAACUAG